UCAGUUUCUGCAAACAUUACCGCAAUAAAUUGGCAUCCUGUCUCUGUGUCGUGUUUGAGCACGAAACACGCCUGGGGACCUCAAAUGGAUUUCAUUCAUUCACUAAGACUAUCUUCAGGACGCUGGAGCCCCUGUACUGUACGGCUAGAUAACUAUCUCAGCGAUCAAAGUCAUGCAGGAACGGAAUACCUGUUGAUGCAGGAAGAUCCCUUCUCCAGCAAUGCAGGCGAACCAUUGUCACCAGAGAUCAUUCAAUAUUUUCAGAUUCCGCGAUACCUUCUUGCGGACGUAUAUAGGCGCUCAAACGGGUUCUUUGCUUUCAAAGAAUUGCCAAGUGCAGAUGGCCGCCCAGCAUCUUUUUACAUGUGGUUUCGCUUGCUGGCCAAAGUGGCCUAUGUUAAUGAUGGGAUGCAUUACAAGUGGCACGAGAUGACAUUUUGCUAUCGAUGGGAUUACAAAAGCAUCGUUGUGCUAUGCAUAGGAGUAGACGCUUCAUUCCAAAACCAUCUCUAUCAGAACCUGGGUCACAUGUGGUCUGAGAUACAAGGAUCUCAGCCCGGAUCCUUACUGGUACCCCUGAUAGAAGUCCUCGUCAUGAUAUAUGAUCAAUCAGUAUGGUCUAUUCGCGACGUCAUACGCCACGCCGAAAUGGAUCGUACGCGUUCGACACGUGAUGCAACUCAUUUCACAUUGCUUCAUGAGGCAGCAAGACAUGCCAGCCAUUCCUCGGAGACUCUUAGCGUAGCGAUAGAGACAUUGGGUAGCAUCCAGCAGCAAACUACCAACGAGACGAAGAGGGCAUCUGCAAAGCUAAGGGGUGUGCAAGAAUCAUUUGAAUCGGUCAAUAGGCAGCUUGAUUUGCAAUUGCGCAUGCUCCAGAAUCUUAGCUUACGAGCCCAGUCGAACAAGGAGCGAUUGCAAAGCGAGAUUGCACUUGCAUACAAUAUGAUUGCACAGCGCGAUAGCCAGAUCAUGACGGGAUUGGGUGAAGCUGCAAGAUACGACAGUCAAAUCAUGAAGCAGCUUGGAGCGGCAGCAAGGGAAGACAGCGGUGCGAUGAGAACAAUCGCUGUGGUGACCAUGUUUUUCCUGCCGCCGACGUUUCUCUCUGCCAUAUUCAGCAUGAGCUUCUUCAACUACACACCGCCUGAAGACGGGCGGGCGGGUCGUUGGUCGAUAUCCGAGAAGUUCUGGAUCUAUUGGGCGAUUGCAAUACCCCUGACAGCGCUAACUCUUGGUAUUUGGGUCUUGAGACAAAGAUGGCUGUGUCGACGCUAG